AUGAGCUUCCAAUUUAUUGAGAUUAUUACACAGCAGCUGCACGAGUUCACUCUUUAUGAGGACGGGAACAUGCUUCGUGAACAUCCUCACGUGCCCUCCGCCACCACCCUCGCCUUCUCCUUCCCCAAUGCCCGCCUCCUCCGCUUCCGCUUUGCCAGCACUGAGCUGCACCUCACCCUCACCGUCCCGCCCUCCCUCGAGACUCUCUCAGUCGUGGCCAAACGGCUGGUCCUCUCCUGCAAGAGCACCGCCCCUCUCGCUCUCGACCACCUCUCGCUGUACGGCCAGGAGCAGCUUGUUAUCUCCUCCCUCCGCCUCGCAUCCGCCCGGGUUGUCUACUUGGACGGACCGGCCAAUGACCAGGAGGGUUUUUCCUGGGCAGAAUGGCUUGACAUUAUAGCACCAACAGUGGAGGUGCUUAUUGUGAGGCACGGGGUGCCUAUAAAGAAGGUGGAGGCGGAGUGUGGGAGGUUGCUGAGCCUUGGGAUUGUCGUGCCUCCCUGGGACAGGGAUACUCGUGCAAACAGCUGGACCAUAAACGCCAAGAUAAGGGAACGGGAGCGGCUGCUGAAGGCCUUCUUCAAGCCGCCGUCCAUCCGCGCUCCAAAUCUGCGGUUCCUCUUCUUCCCCACCCGCAAGGCGUGUAAUGCGCCUGCACUGGCUGCACUGCGGCAGGACUACCCCGCCCUGGCGCUCUAUUGUGUGGUGGACCGCUCCUUCUAUUGGGAGAGGAAGGGCAAGAUGGUGAGCAAUGCGCCGCUCGAGCAUGUGAGGCGGGCAAAGAGUGGGGUGUGGGAUGAAGAAGAGGAGGAGAAGCGGCCCAAGAAAGUGUGGGAGAAGAUGCACAGUGUGAACAGGAAGCUGGUGGAGGGGUACUGUGCUGAGGACGACCAGGUGUACGAGCUGCAGUUCCAGUAG